AUGGUAGUAGAAGGCUGGACCACAAGCGCGCUUCUCGCAGCAACGGUCCUGUUAUUGAUCUACAUCAUCCAUCAGCUAUUCCUGCUUCCCAAGCCACUCCCAGAAAUCCCCUACCGCAAAGAUGCGACCAAGACAAUUUUCGGCGACAUGCUGCGAAUGAUCUCUCACAUCUCUCAGACGGGAGAAAUGUUUGACUGGCUCGGUCAGCAGUGUAUCGAGCUCGAGUCGCCACUCGUACAGGUUUUUGCACGACCCUUGUCGCGACCGUGGCUGGUUCUGUGUGAUUUUCGGGAGACGCAAGAUAUCUUGUUGCGUCGGAAUAAGGAGUUUGAUCGAUCGGAUUUUACUGCGGAUCUCUUCGCUGGUCUUAUGCCGAAUCACCAUAUUCGUCUGCAGACGAAUGAGGAGUACAAACAACAUCGACGGCUUUUGCAGGAUCUGAUGUCUCCGGCGUUUCUGCAGGCGGUGGCUGGCCCGAAUAUAUAUGACAAUGCUCGGCGCUUGACUAGUCUGUGGAAGCAGAAGAUGCGAGUCUGUGGUGCUCGACCAUUCUCAGCGAUUGAGGAUGUCAGCCACUUUGCUCUCGACUCCGUGCUCGCAUUCACUCUGGGGUGUGACGGCGUGCCCAGUGCCAAUCAGACACAGCUGGACUACAUAACUUCGCUGGCGAAAGUCGAUGAUGGUUCUGAAGAAGAAGAAGAACAUACGCUGCCGUUUGACUUCUCGGGCGUCCCCCACGAGCCCGAUGUCGAUGCACUCCUUGUGCUUUCGUGCAGCUUGGAGACGUCUUUGAAAGCACCCACUCCCAAGUUGGCCCACUGGAUGCUGCGCCAGACCGGCUCGUAUAGGAACGCACUGGCCCGGAAAGAGCAACUAUUGAGUCGGGCGAUACAGGCUGCUGUCUGCCGAGCUGGAAAUGAUGAGAGUGACAGCAGCGCUCUCGACAACAUGGUGCGAAGAGAAAUGGGCCUUGCAGAGAAGGAGUCACGGGAGCCUGCUUUCGACUCACGUGUCUUCUACGACGAAGUAUUCGGUGUCAUUCUCGGAGGCCACGAGACCACAUCCAAUUCUCAACUCUGGGCAUUGAAGCUACUCGCGAGACACCAGGAGCAGCAGACGAAGCUGCGGGACUGUUUGCGCCUCGCCAUGUCUGCUGCUGUGACGGAGAAUCGGAUGCCGACGGUGCAAGAGAUCUUCAAACAGCCCUGUCCGUACUUGGAUGCGACGAUUGAGGAACUCUUUCGUCUUUCCAUGACAGCACCCGCUUGCGUGCGCAAAGCAACAUGUGAUACCACUCUCCUCGGCCAUUUUGUGCCCCAAGGUACCAACGUCGUCAUGGUCUGGAGCGGUGCCGAUUACACCGCUCCUGGUCUCCCGAUCAGCGAGGAACAGAGAAGUCCGUCAUGCCAGUCCGCAGCGGGCAAAAGGGUCGCUUCCGCGCAAGAUACCAUGGACGGAGCGAAGUUUCGACCAGAACGAUGGUUGAGUACGACGGAUGGCCGAGAUGGCCAGGAAGUCUUUGAUGCUACACUCGCCCGGAACAUGAUCUUCAGCUUAGGACCACGAGGGUGCUUCGGACGUCGACUCGCUUACGUCGAGUUUCGCAUCUGGUUGGUACUGGUCGUCUGGGAGUUUCAUCUUGCUCGACUUCCAUCCCGCCUGGACUCUGAUAAGGCUUGGGACAAGUUGACUCGACAGCCGCAAGAUUGCUUCAUAUCGCUACGUUCGACGACGGUAUAG